CCAAUUUCAUCUACCGUAAGUGAAAAGAUGAACCCCCAAAUAUUAGGUAAGUGAAAAAAACAGCAAGAGUAAAUGAAGAGUAAAAAACGCCAGCUCAUUUAUAUAUCCACCACCAAGCCAAAAAGCUGGUGUAGCAGUUAUUGCACUUGGUUACUACAGACACAGGAGAGCCCAAAAUCUGAAAUUCCACGAAAUCUCAGGUUUAAACCAUAAAUCUAUAAUCUCUUUGCCAAAGAAAUUAAGUCUUGGGAGAAAUACCAUGAGACCGGGAAAGAGCCAUCAAGAGGACGAAGAAGAGGAUGAUGAAGAGAUUGGUACCAAGAAAACCAAAAUAGAUGGGAAGAACAAUGAUAAGGCGAAUGCAACAAGGUCAAAACAUUCAGUUACAGAACAGCGGAGGAGGAGCAAGAUCAACGAGAGAUUUCAGAUAUUGAGAGAAUUGAUACCCCAUUGUGAUCAGAAGAGAGAUACAGCUUCUGUCUUAUUGGAGGUGAUUCAAUACGUACAGUUUUUACAAGAGAAGUUACAGAAGUAUGAAGGGCCGUACCAAUCAUUGAAUUUGGAGCCCACAAAGCUAAUGCCGUGGAGAAAUAGCCAUUGGCAUGUUCACAGUCACGUCGGUCAAGCUCAAGCCAUGAAGAAUGGUUCUGGUUCGACAUUUCCCUGUCGGCUUGAUGAAAAUAAUGUCAGGGGGGUCCCUUCAACCAUGCAAGCGAGUCAUCAGAAUCCUAUUGAAUUAGAACCUAGUGGGAAUGCGUCUGGGAGAGCGGUGGAUCCACAAGCUGAACUUGCAGAUGAGGCAAUGGCCAUUCCCGUGUCACUGCAGGCAAGCAUGCCAGCUUGUAUCCCUAACGACGGUGCCUUCUCCCAGACUUUACCAAAAUCAGCUUCAGUUGUGCAGUCCACUGAAGACCGAACUGCUUCAGGCAUUAUGAAUCAGGAGGAACUGUCAGUUGAAGGGGGCACUAUUAGCAUCUCAAAUGUUUACUCCCAAAGGUUCUUGAAUUCAUUGACUCAAGCACUUGAGAGCACGGGCGUGGAUCUAUCGGAAGCCCGUAUGUCAGUGCAGAUCAAUCUUGGGAAAUGUGCAAAUCGAGGAUCAACCUCAGGAAUAUCAAAUGCCAUGGAUCAUGAAAAUCCUAUGCCUUCUGGGGACAAAUCAGAAGGGCAUUUUCAAGAUGCAAGCAACAGCGAAGAUGCCGAUGUAGCUCGAAAAAGGCAGAAGAUUUGAUAACAACAUGAUCCCUUUAUGUGCAUAUUUGCUAUGUGGGGCCGAAAUAAUGACCAAAAUUUCUCUUUCGUAACAGUGUCAUGUGCUAUCCAAUCCUUCCCCCAAAUGCGAUAUUACCAUUGUAAGUCAUGAUUGUAUCAUUUGCUGGUUUAAUGACUAGUUGAUUGUACACGCAAGAUUUCUCAUCCUGAGUUUCUUACUUUUUAAGGAUGUUUUAUGGAAUCGAUGUUUAAAAAAA